GUCUGUGUGUGUUAGCAUAUGCUAGGAUACAUGCUAACAGCUGUCUGCUAAUUCAUUCUGGCAUAACUGUCAGAACUGUGUGUGUGUGUUUCAACACUGGCAAGAUAAGCUAAUGAUUGACAUCCUCUGUGAGGAUGUGUCAUCAGUCACUUUUAUAAAGAGGAAAACCGUUUGUCUCUCAGAAGACAUUUUAGUGCAGUUGGAGAUCAAACGUUUGUGUUUGUGAGGAUGACGGCCGCUGGAGCUUCUCUGCCCUUCCUGCUUGUCCUCAUGUCUCACUGUGUCACGGUGUGCACCCAAAGCUCCACCCCGAAGACAGACGAGUUUCUGGGGCCAGUCGAGUGUCUUGAAAGGAAGUUCACUCGGGCAUCAUGUGACCUGGUGUUUUGUCCUCCGUGGCAGCACUGCAUUGAUGGACAUUGCUCAUGUAAACCAGCCUACAAGUGUCCCACUGAGGACGCGGCCCCAGUCUGUAGCCACGGCAACAAGCAGCUCCUCUCCUAUUGCCAGGCGAUGGCUGUUUCCUGUCAGACCAAGAGACCCUUCAUGUCGCACUUUGGCGAAACCUGCACAGCUGAUCAGCCAAAGUUCAGAGGGUCCAUAGAGGAGGGCACAGGUGUGGUCCAGGUCUUCCUUCCCAGCGCUGGAGGAGGUGGGGAGGAGCUGCUGGUGUGCCAGGAGCUGUGGGACAUGGCUGCUGCUAACGUGGCCUGCAAGCAGGACGGACACCUGCUCGGUGCCGCCUCUACGGGCUCUGUGUCCUACGUUUCCCUGGCGAGUUACGACCAGAAUCUGCCCAGCAAAUGCGUGAGUGUCCGUUGCCAAGGUUACGAGAACUCCCUGGCAGAGUGUGUGAUCUACGACAAGACCAGCAUUGACAACGGGGAAGUUGCCACGGUAACCUGUGAACAGCCGCCAGACGAGCAGUGCGAGUUCAGCUGUGUCAACAGGAAGUGUGUGUCUCUCCGUCAGACGUGUGACGGAGUCGACGACUGUGGUGACGGCAGCGACGAAAUGUGCUGCAAGAAGUGCAGAAAUGGGGCUUUCCGCUGCAGCACAGGCGUGUGUUUGCGUCAGGAGGCUGUCGGCGACGGACAGAUCGACUGUCUGGAUGGCGAGGACGAGUCAAAGAAACACACAAAGCCGCAGACUUCACUUCCUGUACUCUCCAACACAGAGUACAUCUCUCCAAAGAGCGAAACGAAGGCCACCAGGGGGCGUAUGGAGUCCACACUGAACUGUGGAAUCCCUAAAACAGGCAGCGAGGAAGAGGAGCCACGAGGAAGAGGAGGCCGCGUCAAGAGAGUGUUGGGAGGACUUCCAACACAACCGACUCAGAUCCAGUGGCAGGUUUCUGUUUUCUUGAACAGAAGGUUUCACUGUGGAGGAGCUUACAUCGGAGGCUGCUGGGUGCUCACGGCUGCUCACUGCAUCAGGACAAACCCCUCUCUCUCCAUCACCGCAGAUGAGGACGGCCGAAAGCCAUCACUCGCUGCAAUGACUGUGAAGUUGUCUCUGUGGAGGAGGAACCGACCGCAGGACACAACAGAUAUAGCUCCCGUGGACAAUGUCCACAUCCACCCCAAGUACAACCCCACCACCCGUGAGAACGACAUCGCACUGGUGCAGCUGAACAAAUUUCCAUUCUCAGAGGAGUGUCUGACGGACAACCCUGCCACCAGCCCUGUCUGUGUACCCUGGACCCCCCGGCUCUUCCAUCCCAACCACACCUGCACCAUCUCUGGAUGGGGGCAAAAUCAACAUGGACAACUGUCUGAGGUCCUACAGUGGGCCAGCGUGUCCCUGAUUGAAGACUGUCACAGGUUCUACAAUGACAGCUUUAAACCCGGCAUGCUCUGUGCAGGUGAUCUGGAUGGCGGUGUGGAUGUCUGUCAGGGGGAUAAUGGAGGUCCUCUGGUUUGUGAGGAUGAACUUGGUGUUUCGUACCUGUGGGGCAUCAUCAGCUGGGGGCGGGGAUGUGGCCGUCCGCGAUCUCCAGGAGUUUAUACACAGGUGGCUCAUUACUUUGAGUGGAUCAGACGCCAUACAGGCUGGUCUGCUGUGACCAAGUUCAACUCCUUGGAGCAGUCGAUAGUUUUGGAUGACCACUUUCCAGACCUGUGGAAACCAGAAUCAAUAACCCAGCCCCCCACCACCACCACCACCCCACUGGUCACCAGUCCUGCACCCACAACACCCACAGUAGCCGAGAGAGACGAGUUUCUGGGUCCAGCUGAGUGUCUUGAGCAGCGUUUUACUCGUGCAUCAUGUGGCCUGGUUUUUUGCCCUCCGUGGGAGCGUUGCAUUGAUGGACAUUGCUCCUGUAAACCACCGUAUCAGUGCCCCGUUGACAACGUGACGCCGGUUUGUGGGCGGGACGGCAGAACCUACCGGUCCUACUGCCAGCUGAUGGCUCUCUCAUGUCGGACCAGGAGACCCACCAUGUCCCACUUUGGGGAAAAUUGUAGAGACGUUCACCCAAAGUUCACAAGUUCAAUAGAUUCAGACACAGGAGUAGUAAAGGUCUUCAUCCCUGACACUAAAGGUGGCAGAGAGUUACUGGUGUGUAAGAAGAUUUGGAACAUGGCUGCUGCUAAUGUGGUCUGCAAGGAGCAUGGCUAUCCACUUGGUGCAAAGAUUGCUGCUUACGAGAAUUACAAGAACCUGACGGCCAAACAUCACAAGCAGUUCCCAGGCAGCUGUGUUAGCAUUCACUGCCAAGGUUAUGAGAAUUCCCUUGCUGAGUGUGUAAUCCACGACAAGUCUGAGAUUAACAACUAUAAAGUUGCCACAGUAACCUGUUAUGAUGCAUCACAACCACCGACAAACGAGGAGUGUGAAUUCAGGUGCGUAAACAACAAGUGUAUCUUUGUGAACCAGACCUGCAACGGGAUUGACAACUGUGGUGACUACAGUGACGAGAUGUGCUGCAAAAAAUGCAGGAAGAACAGUCACCGCUGCAAGACCGGCGUGUGUGUGCAUCACGAUGCGCUUGGCGAUGGACAGAUUGACUGUCUGGACGGCGAGGAUGAAACACAGAAACACAGGAAAUUCGAAACACCACACCGACUACUCAGAAACGAAGAGUACGUCUCUCCCAAAGAAGAAACGGCGUCCAACAGACUGCACUUGGAGUCCAAGUUGUACUGCGGGGUUCCCAAUAUGACCACAGCCGACGAUGAGGAAGUGGAUGAGCGAGGAAAGCGAGUCAAGAGAGUGGUGGGAGGAGUCCCUGCAAAACCGACUCAGAUCCAGUGGCAGAUUGCCCUGGAGGAGAACAAGAAGAUCGACUGUGGAGGAGCUUACAUCGGCGGAUGCUGGGUCCUCACUGCUGCUCACUGCGUCAGGCCCAACCCCUCUGCAUUCAUGGUGAAGUUCUCUAUCUGGAAGAAGACAAGACCUCAGAACACAACCGACAUUGUUCCUGUUAAAGAUAUUCGCAUUCACCCCAGGUACAACGCCACCACCUAUGAGAACGACAUCGCUCUGGUGGAGCUGGCAAAGCUUCCCUACAAGGAACAAUGUCUGUUGGACAACCCGGCUGUCAGUGCUGUCUGUGUUCCCUGGACCACCCAACUGUUUCAACCCAACCACACCUGUAGCAUCUCGGGGUGGGGACGAACCGCAGACGGCAGAGCGAGUCAGGUGUUGCUUUGGGCUAACGUGUCCCUCAUCAGCGACUGUCAGAGGUUCUACAAGGAUCGCUUCAAACCAGGCAUGAUGUGUGCAGGUGAUCUGGACGGCAGCGUGGACUCGUGUCAGGGCGACAGUGGAGGCCCCCUGGUCUGUCAGGACGAACUCGGUGUGUCCUACCUGUGGGGCAUCGUCAGCUGGGGAGAGAGGUGUGGUCAGGCCAACUUCCCCGGCGUUUACACUCAGGUGGCUCAUUACUUCGAGUGGAUCCGACUUCACACAGGAUGGCCUGCAGUCACCAAGUUCAACUCCUGAUGAGGCAAACGCACACAAACACAAACUCGCUGAGAGUCGCUGGGUUUUCGUUUUCAUAUAAAUAUUUUCAUUGCAUCAAAAGUUGUUACAUGAUUGCGUCUGUGUUGAAAUAACAUUUUGUGUCCCAUAAAAUUUCAGUAACGUUUAUUUUUCUGUUUCUGUGGUGAACAAAAUACUGAUGCUGCUUAGAGCUGACAAAUCACAGCCAGUGAGCCAACAAAACAUCUCAUAGAAAUGUAUGAAAACUAAGCUUAGCAUCAAUUAAUAAUUAAUGAUCAAUAAAUUAUUAAGUCUGUAAAAAAAAA